AUGCGUCUCUUCUCUUCUGUUCUUCUACCUGCUAUUCUUCCAUUGUGCUUUGCAGAUGGUAUACUUUACGAGAAAAGAGACUUCAUCUUCUCCGACCCAUCUUCAGCAUGUUCGCAACUCGGCGCCUCAAUCGCCAUCGAGAACGUCACUGUGAACUUUGCAAACUUCGUCCCCGCAGGCACGAACUUGUCUUUUACGCAAGAUUUUGGAUUGGCUGAUUGUGGGUAUCCAAGUGCCUUGGUGACGAGCGAUAUGUGUCGAGUCGCGAUGUAUGUGGCAACGAGUUAUCGAAACAGCAUUACGCUGGAAGCGUGGCUGCCGAUAAAUUGGACGGGAAGGUUCUUGAGUACCGGCAAUGGAGGGGAGAGUGGGUGUAUUCAGUAUACGGACCUGGCGUACACUGCAGGUUUAGGGUUUGCUACUGUUGGGGCGAACAACGGACAUAAUGGAACGACAGGAGUAGCAUUUGCAAACAACUCCGACGUCGUCGAAGACUUCGCCAUCCGCUCCCUCCAUACAGGCGUAGUAGUCGGCAAAGAAUUGACCAAACAGUUCUACGGCACUGCACACAAGAAAUCCUACUACCUCGGGUGUUCCACAGGCGGUCGUCAAGGCUUUAAAUCAGUACAAUCCUAUCCCCUCGACUUCGACGGUGUUCUCGCUGGCGCCCCAGCGCUCAACUACCCGAACCUGAAUUCCUGGAGCAAUCACUUCUAUCCUAUUUUCGGGGACCCAGGGCACGCUACUUAUAUCCCGAUUCCGCUUUGGGCAGCCGUUCAUCGAGAGAUUCUGAGUCAAUGUGAUGGUAUUGACGGAGUCGUCGAUGGAAUUAUUGAAGAUCCUGAAUUGUGCAGAUUUAGACCUGAGGCGCUGCAGUGUGCUCCUGGGGUGACGAAUUCAAGUACUUGCUUGACGAGCGCUCAGGUUGGUGCUGUGAGGGAUGCGUUCACGGAUCUCUAUGGUGUUGAUGGGAAGUUGAUUUAUCCCAGGAUGCAGCCUGGUUCAGAGGUCAUUGCCAGUUUGGUGUAUUAUGCUAACGGAGCUUUCUCGUUUUCGAGCGAUUGGUUUAAAUAUGCCGUUUACAAUAACUCGAAUUGGGAUCCUGCCACCUUCACUAUCGCAGAUGCGAAGGAGGCUGAAGAUCAGAAUCCCUUUGACAUCGCUACGUGGAAUGGAAAUAUCUCCGCUUUCCAGAACAAUGGCGGGAAAAUACUCCAUUACCAUGGUCAAAUGGACGCAAUCAUAACCUCAGAGAACAGCCCGGUAUACUACAACCUCGUCUCUCGAACAAUGGGUCUCAACUCUUCAGCCUCGGAUAGCUUCUACCGCUUCUUCCGAAUCAGCGGGAUGGGACAUUGUCAAGGAGGUGAUGGGGCUCACUUCAUCGGGAACCAACUUGCGAGCGUGUCAACGAUGGAUCCGCAGAAUAAUGUGUUAUUGAGAAUCGUGGAUUGGGUUGAGAAUGGGAAUGCGCCGGAGACGGUGACAGGGACGAAGUUUGUUAAUGAUGAUCCGACUCAGGGGGUUGAGUUCACGAGGAACCAUUGCAAGUAUCCGAAGAGAAACGUUUGCACGAAUCCGGCGAAUUAUACAUCACCUGAUGCCUGGACUUGUGUCUGA